AUGCGGUACAUUCACUCCGAGGAACGGCUGCCCAUCCCCGAGAAUGUGAAGGUUCACAUUCGUUCGCGCAUUGUGACCGUCGAGGGCCCCCGAGGCAAGCUCGUUAAGGACCUCUCUCACAUCGCCGUUACCUUCGGCCGCCCUGAGAAGAAUGUUAUCUCAAUCGAGAUGCACCACGGUGCCCGCAAGGGUGUCGCUACCCUCCGUACCGUCCGCACCAUCAUUAACAACCUGAUCAUCGGUGUCACCAAGGGCUUCAAGUACAAGAUGCGUUAUGUUUACGCCCAUUUUCCCAUCAACGUCAACAUUGACAAGAACGCCGAGACUGGCCAGUACGACGUUGAGAUCAGAAACUUCUUGGGUGAGAAGUACGUCCGUCGUGUGACUGCUCAGCCCGGUGUCGAGGUCAUCACCUCGCCCAGCGUCAAGGAUGAGCUCCAGCUCUUCGGUAACUCCCUCGAGGGUGUCUCCCAGAGUGCCGCCGACAUCCAGCAGAUCUGCAGAGUUCGGAACAAGGAUAUCCGGAAGUUCCUUGACGGUCUCUACGUGUCGGAGCGGGGCAACAUUGUCGAAGAGUAAACGGUUUGACGGAGGUGUCCGCCUGGGUGGGUAGAUUUAGGAUGUCUGGAGAAUUUAUGUUUCGCCUACUUGCACUAGGGAAGAAGCAACAAAAGCGAAAUACAAAAAGAACGGACCAUGGAAAUAUCAAUGCCCUUUUUAUUCUUUUUUUCUAAUGUGUCCAUGAGAAUGGCUUGUAUGAGCUGGGGUGAGAAUACAGGCGUGUAGAGAAAAAGCGAUUCGGCUUAUGAGCAAUUCAGUCUCUUAAUAUUCAUUCCUCAUUCUUAUCUACCUGGAAUUAUAGGAGUGCAUCUACUCCUGGUACUUCUGUAUGCGCCGCGACUAGUUACCAAUACGACCGCGGCUGACAUAACUGCCU